GUGUUGUUCCAGCCCCUGAGAUGGGUGUCAGGUUACAAGACGCAUAAUCAUUCCAGUUUGGCAACUUCACCUGUGGGGCUGUUUUAAUCGACCUGCCCCACAGUCCCCAAAUCACUCCUGGAAGACAGACAGCAGUGGGACACGGCCAGCUCCCCAGGGGGAGAGAGAUGCUGGACGCAAGGGACCGAGGCCCACCCUCCACUUAAGCCUCCUCCGACCAGUACAAGCUGGGCAUCGCUGACCUGCACGCCAGCCAGGGCCCCAUCCUGGGGCCCUGCUCCCGACUUGGGCUGCCGACCUCAGCUCCAGGCUAUAGAAAAUUCAGGAAGAUCACAGAGCUGGCAUGGAUCCCGCCAGUGAUCAACCCCUGAACAGCCUUGAUGUCGCCCCCCAGCGCAAACCCCGCACCCCCCUGCAGACCUUCAAAAAGGUGGGGAUCCCCAUCAUCGCGGCACUGCUGGGCCUGGCAGCCAUCGUCAUCGUGGCUAUUCUCAUCAAGGUGAUUCUGGACAAAUACUACUUCCUCUGCUGGCAGCCCCUCCACUUCAUCCCGAGAGAGCAGCUGUGUGACGGCCAGCAGGACUGUGCCUCAGGGGAGGAUGAGCAGCUCUGUGUCAAGAAAUUCCCCGAUGGGCCUCCAGUGGCAGUCCGCCUCUCCAGGGACCGAUCUACCCUGCAGGUGCUGCACCCAGCCACACAGACCUGGGCCUCUGCCUGUUUCGACAACUUCACAGAAGCUCUGGCCAAGACAGCCUGUGGGCAGAUGGGCUAUGACAGCAAACCCACCUUCAGAGCUGUGAGGAUUGGCCCAGACCAAGAUCUGGAUGUUGUGAAAAUCACAGAGAAUGACCAGGAGCUUCGGGUGCAAAACCCAAGCGGCCCCUGUCUCUCAGGCUCCCUGGUUUCGCUGCACUGCCUUGCCUGCGGGGAGAGCCUGAAGGCCCCCCGGGUGGUGGGUGGGGAGAAGGCCUCUGUGGAUUCCUGGCCCUGGCAGGUCAGCAUCCAGUACAACAAACAGCACAUCUGUGGAGGGAGCAUCCUGGACCCCCACUGGAUCCUCACAGCAGCCCACUGCUUCUGGAAGCAUCUCGAUGUGCCCAACUGGAAGGUGAGGGCCGGCUCAGACAAACUGGGCAACUUCCCAUCCCUGCCUGUGGCCAAGAUCUUCAUCACUGAGCCCAACAGCACGUCCCCCAAAGAGAAAGACAUUGCCCUGGUGAAGCUGCAGCUCCCGCUCACAUUCUCCGGCACAGUGAGGCCCAUCUGCCUGCCCUUCUCUGACGAGGAACUCACUCCAGGCACCCCAGUCUGGGUCAUCGGCUGGGGCUUUACGGAACCUAAUGGAGGGAAGAUGUCUGAUCAUCUGCUGCAGGCGUCCGUCCAGGUCAUUAACCGCACUCGGUGCAACGCGGAGGAUGCGUACCAGGGGGAAGUCACCGAGAAGAUGCUGUGUGCAGGCCUCCUGGAGGGCGGUGUGGACACCUGCCAGGGUGACAGUGGUGGGCCUCUGAUGUAUCACUCUGGCCGGUGGCAAGCAGUGGGCAUCGUGAGCUGGGGCUAUGGCUGUGGGGGGCCGAGUACCCCUGGAGUAUACACCAAGGUCACAGCCUACCUCGACUGGAUCUACAAUGUUCGGAAGUCUGAUCCAUGAUGCUGCUGCCCACCUGCAGUGCCGGAAACUGCUUCCCUCCUGCCCUGCCCGCCUGGGGAUCCACCAGAAGUCAGGCACAGAGCAAGAGCCCCCUUGGGCCCAUCUCCCUGCCUGCAAUCUCGGCAUUCCUUGGCACAGCAAAGGACCUCCACUCCUGCAAGAGACCCCACAGCCCACAGGCACCCAGGAGAAAGUCAGCAGCCCCAGCUUAGAUACCCUGAUGCUUCCAGCAUCCCAAGGAAGGAGAGACACAGCCCACAAGCCAGCCUCCAGGCCAAGGUCUCGGAAGACAUUGCUAGGCCAAGAAGGAAAUUUCUACUGAAGAAAAGAAUGGACAUAGAUGCUCUUCUCAGAGCCCAGAUCACCACGAGCUAGAGUGGAGGGAGGAAAGGGUGUGUGCCAGCCCUCUCCUUCCCUACCCAUCCCCAAGCCCACCCAAACGAGGAAGCAGUUAGAAUGUAAAAUGCACUGUCCUGCUGUUUG